AGAGUCAUGUGUAUGUAGGGUUUGUAGUGAGACUAAACUCAAAGCCAAAAUACAUUAAAAAGUGAGAAAGAUGAGAGUUUGCGAAGUGCUACAUAUGAAUGGAGGGGUUGGAGAUUCUAGCUAUUCCAAAAACUCUAUACUCCAGAAAAAAGGAUUGGUUUUGACAAAGCCAAUAGCAGAAAAAGCCAUAAAUGAUACCUACACAAAGCUCAAGCCACCCACGGUCUCCAUUGCGGACCUCGGCUGCUCCUCCGGAACAAAUGCAUUUUCCGCCGUCUCUGACCUCAUCAAAGCGAUACACCACCGUGCCCAGAAUGAGGCCGGAGAGGGACUCCGGUCCCCGGAAUAUAACAUAUACCUGAACGACCUUCCCGGCAACGACUUCAACGCCAUAUUUGGAUCCUGGCCUCAGCAUUUACAAGACUUGAAGAAAGAGAUGGGAGAAAGGUUUGAUGGGCAAUGUUUCUGCAAUGGAGUUCCUGGAUCCUUUUAUGAGAGGCUCUUUCCUACCAAUUCUCUCCAUUUCGUUCAUUCUUCUUAUAGUCUCAUGUGGUUAUCUCAGGUACCAAGAGGAGCAGAGGAGAAUAAGAGGAACGUUUACUUGGCACCAAGCACUCCGCCUGGUGUGGUUAAAGCAUACUACGAGCAGUUUGAAAGAGACUUUGGGACGUUUAUAAAGUGUAGGGCCAAGGAGUUGGUGGCUGGUGGGGGUAUGGUUCUAACCAUUGCUGGGCGGAAAGGUGAAGACCCACGCAGCAGGGAAUGUUGCCAUCUCUGGGAAAUCUUAGGUUUGGCCCUCAGUGAUCUUGUUGACCAGGGAUUGAUUGAAGAAGAAAAGUUAAACACUUUCAACAUUCCUUAUUACACACCAUCUCCAGCUGAAGUGAAGCACAUAGUUGAAAACGAAGGGUCCUUCUCGAUCAACUCCUUGGAAGUUACAUACGUCCAUUGCGAUCCUUCUGAGUUCGUGGACAAGAAUAAGUUGGAAGAAGAAGGGUACAACGUUGCCAAGUGUUUUAGAGCGAUAUCGGAACCAAUGCUUCUCACUCAUUUCGGAGAGGGCGUUAUCGAGAAAGUUAUGCAUCAGUACCACGGACGAAUUGCUUCCGCAAGGCUCUGCGGCUCUGCCCACUUAAUCCACAUUCUAAAAGAUAAGCCCAUCAUCUCCUUCCUCCCACCAUAGAUUCAUUCUCACUUUUCAAUGUUCGCUCUGUGAUUUUGUCUGUGGCUUCCUGGUAUCUGCUAAGAAAUUGAAUUUCAAGCAAACAAUGUUCUGAAUUUCUUUUUCAAAUAUGGCUGUGGUUGUCCUUGAUCAUCCAUCGUCUCCUAAGAAAGAAAAUCAGCAAGAGAAAGAGGCGUGCGAAAGAAGAGCCAAAGAAUCCUGCUCCAUCUCAAUUUGAUUCAAGCUUCGUCAUCACCGGAGAAUCCGCAGCAAGUAAUCAGCGUCAAGAAUCCCAAUCCAAGACGGAAGAGACGAAUCCAGCGCCUAUAAAUUGAGGGGAUGCUGCGAAGAACACCCCACCACCAUCAAGAACGAAAAUUAGAGCUACAAUCAAAGGCUAACUGAUUUUGCAUGCACUUGAGGAGUGGAAGAGUAAUUGGUGAUAUGGAGGUAAGAGGUAGAGACUGUGAGCAAAAAGAAUGAGAAAAUUGAAACAUGAAUCAAAACAUAAAGAGUGGAAUGCCAAAUUGAGAAGUGAUUUGAAUGUCGAACAAGAAGAUUUCUUCCUCCAAUGACACACCAAAGCAAAAGGAAUAAAAUUAAAUAAUUCAAAAAUGUGAAUUCAUGAGGAGUAAAUCUAUGAUUAGUCG